AGGAGUGUGUGAGAGAUAAACUCACAGAGAGAGAGAGAGAGAGAUUAUGGAGUUGUUGAGAGUGUUAGGAUGGGUUGUUGCAAGUGUAUUAGGUGGUUAUGUAGUUGUGUUUUGGUUCCUGAAGAAAGCAAACGAAUGGUAUUACUGUCAUGGGAAGAAGAAUCUGCCUCCAGGAGAUAUGGGAUUUCCUAUUGUCGGAAAUAUGUGGCCCUUCUUGAGAGCUUUCCGAUCUCCUGAUCCCGAAUCCUUCCUCAACAAUUUGGUUCAAAGGCAUGGAAGAACUGGUAUACACAAGACCCACUUGUUUUGGAAACCCUUGGUCAUCAUCUCUUUGCCUGAAUUAAACAAGGCGGUGUUAACAGAUGACGAGAACUUCCAAUUCGCUUAUCCGAAUAUGGCAGAACUGAUAGGAAAGAAAUCAUUUGUUACUCUUGAAGGAAUCGAGCACAAGCGUCUGCGCAAGCUAACAACUGCUCCAAUCAAUGGACAAAAGGCGCUGUCCAUGUAUAUUGGGCUUAUUGAGAAUGUGUUGAUGACUUCUUUUGAUGAAUGGGCGAGUAUGAAGCGGCCUAUCGAGCUUCGUUUUGAGAUAAAGCAUGCAUUGUUCAAGGUCAUCACCAACAUCUUCUUUGGGGCCCAAGGGUAUUCGUUUCUUGUACCACUGACAAAGUUAUUCGGUGAAAUCGGCGGCGGUUUCUUUGCUAAGGCUAUAAAUCUCCCUGGUUUUGCAUACCAUAAGGCUCUCAAGGCACGUAAAGAGAUGGUGAAGAUAGUGGAUGCUACUAUCGAAGACAGGAAAGUGAAGAACAAAAACAUUGGUUCGGAGGAAAAGAAAUGCAUGCUAGAUUUACUGUUGGAGGUAGAAAAUGAGGAUGGUGAGAAAAUGGACAAUGAGACCAUCAUUGAUUUACUUGCUUUGAUGGUGUUCGGAGGCCAUGAAUCAACGGCAAUCGCAGUAAUGUGGCUGUUUAUAUACCUUCAUGACAAUCCACAAAUCUUACAGAAGGUCAAGGAAGAACAAGAGAAUAUCGUAUCAAAGAGACCAUCAACACAAAAAGGUUUGACUAUGGAGGAGAUUAAACAAAUGGAUUACACUGCAAAGGCAUUUCAAGAAGCAAUUCGCAUGAAUCUUGGAGUUGGAGCAUUUCGUGAUGCGAAAGCCGAUGUUGAGAUUAAUGGAUACACAAUACCAAAAGGAUGGAGUGUGUUGCUGAUGUUUAGAGGUAUUCAUCUGGAUCCUGAAAAUUUUCCGGACCCGAAAUCAUUUGAUCCUUCAAGAUGGGACAAUAAUAUGAAUAUGAAUAUGAAAGCUGGAGCUUAUACACCAUUUGGACUUGGGAGUAGGAUUUGUCCUGGAAACGAUUUGGCCAAGCUUGAAGCUUUGAUUUUUGUUCAUUGUCUUCUCCUUCACUACAAGCUGGAUCGAGUUAAUCCAAAGUCCCCGGUUGUGUACUUUCCAUCUCCAAGACCUACAGACAACUAUCUCGUGAAAAUCACUAAGCUCCCAAAAUAACCGAUAUUGUAACGAGGAAAACUUGCUUUCAGACUGAUUAAUUUGAAAGGGUUUGAUGGGGGCUUUUUGUUUAAUAAUGAAUAAU